AUGAUAGUUGGAGUGAAGCUCAACUGGGAUUUGAUCACAGUGAUGAAGAUGCCACUCGGCCGCUCUGUCUGCCUGCUCCUCCUCCUCCUCCUCAGCUAUCUGAGUGAACUUGUGGAGAGCAACACUCUGCAUCUGGACAGCUGUUCUGUCAACGUCCACACACACGAACUGCGCAAAUAUUACUCUGCCAUACGGUCAAAUGCGAUAGAAGGAGACAAUGAGGUCGCAGUAAGACUUAUGGACAAAUCAUUGAUUAAACAUGUUCAGUGGUGUGAGAGCUGCUGUAAUCUGUCCUCUAUGUGUCUCUGUCAGGACGGUCAGACAUGCUGCUUCCUGCGUCUUGUGCUGCGUUUCUACGUGGAGAGAGUGUUCAGCAACUACGAGUCUUCUCAGCCCCAGGACCAACGCUCCUCCAGCGCUCUGGCAAACGCUUUUGUCGUCAUCAGAAGGGACAUACACAAAUGCCACUGCCUCUGUGCAGAGGAAACGCAGAGAACAAUCGACUCCCUGCACGCUGAGUUCAUCAAGCUGGAAAUAAACCAGGCGGCAAAGAAGGCCGUGGGAGAACUGGAUACUGUGCUGGACUGGCUGGAGGGACUCGGCCAAAAAACGCUCACAUGAUCGGACAAAUGGUCAGGAAAAUCAACAGUGCAGUCCCAAAGUGCUUGUAGCUGAUAAGCCCCCAUGUUAAUGAUGUAACUGCUGACCUGAUGUUUCUCAUUAGCACAGUGAAGUUCAGAAAAUGUGUUGACUUCCCUUCUUGCGCCAUUGUGCAUUUCUCUGUUUUGUACUUGAAUUAGCUUAGAUCGUCUGUUAUCCACUAAUAUGUGGACUGAUUUUUUGAUACAAUAUUUAUAAUUAAUGUGACAUGAAUGCUCAGUAUUUAUAUUUUUCAAAAACAAAAAGGUUGUUAAGGUGUUGUAUGUGUGUUUCUACCAUGAAUGUCUAUUGUUCAGACUAAAAUGUUUAAUUUCAACUU